UUCUAUUUAAGAUAUUCAAACAAAGAAUGGCUGGUACAGAAGCCGAAAAUUGGUGGAAGGAUGAAAUGAGAUGGGAAGAUGAAGAAGAAGAAAAUGAAGAAUAUAAACAACAAACAGAAGAAGAAACAACAAACAACGAUUCUGGAAUGGAAAGUGGGGAUGACGAGGAAAAUUGUUUUGAAAGUCAAAAUAGAAGGGAUUCUGUUACUUCUGAAUGUUAUUCGACUACAAGUUGUUCUUCCGAUACUUCUUCAAAUUUUUGA